AUGUCGGGGGCUUUGCAGUCCUUGCGCUACUCGCGCAGCGGUGGCCUGGAGGUCUUGGACCAGCUGAAGGUGCCUCAAAGCAAGCAGUACACGCCGAUUAAGAAUGCGGAGGAUGCAUGGAAGGCUGUGCGGUCCAUGCAGGUCCGCGGAGCUCCGCUGAUCGCCAUGGUCUCAGCGCUGGGCCUGGCAGUGGAGGCCACAGAGCGGGCCAAAGAUCCGCCUGCAGAGGAUGCAGCUGCGUGGCUUAGGCAAAAGAUGUCAUACCUGCGAACCUCCCGGCCCACAGCCGUCAAUCUCUCCAAUGCGAUGGAGGCUCUGGAAGAGGUCGUCAAUACUGCCCUUCAGUCGGGUUCCCACGCGGCGCAGGUGUAUGAGGUCUACGUGUGUGCGGCAGAGCGGAUGCUGGAAGAGGACGUUGCAGCUAACAAGGCCAUUGGCGAGGCCGGGGCAGACGCCAUCCUCGCCGCGAUGCAGGCCUCUGGCCGUGGUGGAAGCAAGGCUCGGGUGUUGACAAUCUGCAACACGGGCUCGCUGGCCACGGCGGGCUGGGGCACUGCGCUGGGCGUGAUCCGCUCGCUGCACGCCAGAGGCCGCCUGGAGCGUGCCUUCGCUUGUGAGACGAGGCCGUACAACCAGGGCGCUCGGCUGACGGCCUUCGAGUUUGUGGAGGAUGGGAUUCCGGGAACGCUGAUAUGCGACUCCAUGGCAGCUUCGCUGAUGCAGCGCUUCGGAGUGGAUGCCUGCGUGGUGGGAGCAGACCGGGUGGCAGCAAACGGCGACACAGCUAACAAAAUCGGCACCUACGCUUUGGCGGUGCUGUGCCGACACCACGGUGUGCCUUUCUACGUAACGGCGCCCCUGACCACGCUGGAUGCCAAAACUCGGAGCGGCUCGGACAUUCCCAUCGAGGAACGUCCUGGAGACGAGUUGAGCUGCCUGAAGCUGAAUGGAGAGUCGCACCGACUGGCUGCACCAGGGAUUGAAGUGUGGAAUCCUGCCUUCGACGUUACCCCGGCCUCGCUGAUCACAGGCAUCGCGACCGACAAAGGUCUGGUGCCGAAGCGAAGCACCGGUCCCGAGGACUACGACAUUGCGGGGUUUCUGGCGCAGCCGAAUGGCAAAAGGAAGAAGAUGGCGUGA